AUGAAGUUCUCAACUGCCGCUUUCUUCGCCAUUGGCCUCUUGGCUGGCAACGUCAUUUCUGCCCCCGCAGUCCAAGGAAACGAUGUCGCUCUUCCUAUUGAAGUCCGUGCAGAGGACUUUGUCGCAAACGACGCCGCCCACCUCGAGGCCCGAGCGAAGAAGAAGAGGGCGGCCGGAGCUGCUGCCAAGAAGAACAAUGGCGCUGCCGCUGCCAAGGCGAACGCCGCCAACGCCGCAGCGGCAAAGAAGAAUAACGGUGCUGCUGCUGCCGCGAAGAAGAACAACGGCGCCGCCGCUGCCGCCAAGAAGAAGAACGCCAAUGCCGCGAAGAAGAACGCAAACGCAAAGAAGAAUGCCAACGCAGGAAACAAUGCCAAUGCGGGCAACAACGCCAACGCCGGCAACGCCAAUGCUGCCAAGGGCAAGGGCAAGUCCCAAGCUGAGUUUUCUGGCUUGGCUUGCACCGAUGGAAAGGGAGCUGGUGCUUGCAACGCCAACGGCCAGUGUGCCGUCAACGGCAAGACAGCUGCCAUCGCCGGACAGUGUGGUGUCGCAGCAAAGAAGGCCAACAAGCGCUACGUCUCGGAUGUUGCCCAUCUCAUUUGA